GAAAGCUUGUACUAAUCCAUGCACUACCGUUCAAAACUAUUUGUCAUUGGAAGCGGUAGGGUUAAAGUAAAACACUACUGAAUGUGGAUUACUUAGGAGAUAAUUAUCAGCUGUGCACCAGUGCAUUUUAUUACUAAGAAAUAUAAAAAGACAUGUCAAAGAGAUUAACAAGCUUGUUUGUACAAAGUCUAUUUAUUCAACCAAGAACUAUCAAUCAUUUUGCUGGACUGCAUACAUCAUCAAUUACCAUGGCAGAACCUUUAAAAAAGAAGAAAAGAGUCGGCCUAGCUGAUAGCCAAAUUCAAGUAACUAGAAAAGUUAGAAGAAUUGAAAAAGAAAUCAAACGACUUAAUCGUCUCGAUCGAAUAUUAAGACCAAUUGAAGAAAUUGAAGGAGAUCGUCAAUUAAAGAAAGAAAUAAAAUUACGUCAACGUCCAUCAAUAGAUAUUAGUGAAACGGAAUUAGAUGAACGAAUAGGUAUUUGGAAGAAUUGGACACGUUAUCAAAGAAAUGUAGCACACAAUGAAAUGAUCAUGUAUAAUUCAGCAAUUGCUGCUCAACAGAAUGCUUUAAAAUGGUUAUACAAAACAUCUCCCGAUUUAUACAAAGCGGCUAUUCAACCUUGUCCUGAAUUAAUUCAAUCAUCAGAAUUAUCGAAUGAUGAUAAUUUAGGAGUAGUAACAAAAGAAAAUGAAAUGAAUUAUUUAACAUUAGUAGGUCCAUAUAUGACUGCACCAAAAUUACACGGGGAAUUUAUUGACUCGACUGAAGAAUAUGAACCACCAGAUGGUGAACAAAUUGAUACAACAAUUCAAUUAACUUAUGAAUUUGAAAUUGAACCACAAUUAUUAGCUCAACCAAAGAAGAGAAAGUUUAUGUUUACAAAAAAAUGAAAUGUUCAAUUCUUUUUUUUCUUCUUGUAUUGAUAAACAAAUUAUAUAUGACUACAAUGUUACAUUUUGUUCGGAACUUAAAGUUAGUUAGAAUGAGUAGCACAACAAUACUUCCCUAUUUCAUUUGAAAAGUGAUCUCAUCUAAAAUAAGAAAAACAAAGAUGAAAGCAAUCGUAUUAAGACGAUGGUUAUUAUGGGGGGGGGUAUAUUGGAAAAAAAAAGUUAGGAGUGGUCAAAGCAAAAUAUGGCAUCAGUCUAUGAAUUCAUUGACAAUGGAACCGAGACAUGUUCAGAAGUGUAGAUUACUUGGCUCAAGUUCACAAGAUUAUCGUAACUCGUGCCUAGAGACUUUGAAUGACAUGGCGCAAAGUCGUUCGCAUUUGUGUAAAGAAUAAGACAAUAAAUAAACCGGAAACAAAUCACAAAGCACACAGAACUCUAUCUCCAAGAGACAUUAAAGAAAUGUAAGUUAUACUUUUCCUAUGAUAUAACUACGUCAGAUUGAUUUGAUAAAAGGUAGUUAAUAUGAGAUGGGUUUUUUGUGGAGAUUUUAGAAAUUUCAGAUUAAAAUCAUGAGUCAAUUGAAACUAGACCACCAUGGAAAACCUGGAAGCACUGGGCGGCCGUUUCAUCCUAUUGUGGGACUCCUCAGCAGCGCGCGUCUACGACCUCGCCCCCUGCGAGAUUCGAACCCAGGACCUGCUGGUUUCGCGCGCGAGCACUUAACCACUAGACCACUGAGCCCGCAUCCAACGGUGUUAAUGUCUAACUUCAACAAGGUAGUUAAACAUAGAAGUGAAUUUAGAGACAUAGAAAUUCCAGUUUACAAGCUAGUAGUUGAUAGUUAAUUGUUAACGGUCCAAAAUACUUAUAAUACACGGUAGGAUCUAUAGUGUACAAAGGUACAAUGAUAUGGAGGGCUAAUCAGAAGUAGCCUAAUGAAAAGGUCAAUCGAUGGCAAUCAGAAGUGACAUAAAGGCCAAGUGCAUUUCAUUGGCUAGGGAAUGGAUCAAUUUCCUAAAGAUUAGAGUGGUCUAUAUAUACGAAUGAUUAUUUGUGCAUUUUAUUCGGUAGUCCAAUACGCUUCCUCGCUUAAUCUUGUGUUCUUGUUCAAGUAAUCAGUUUGGGGGGGGGGUUAGCGCAUAGUAUACCAUGUAUCAGUAUCAGAUUUUGGACACCGCCCGUCACAACAUAAAAUACUUACUGAUGUUGAGGGAAGAUUUAUAGCUCAUGUGGAUGAUUUUCAUGGAAUUUUGUUCUCUGAGCUGGUUGGUUUGGUCGUGAAGCUUCAGGUAGAAAUGAAGUGUUGAUGAUGUCGUUCAGAUGAAUGAUGAAAGCUCCAUGAUCAAACUAACCACCUCAGAGAACAAAACUCCAUCAUAAUACUUACUGAUCUACUCAGAGGAUAGUAGCCUCGAAAUUCAAAUAUCAUAAACCAAUACAAAUAGGAAUUUCAAGAAUUCAUUUUAAAUUAUAAUUCUAUGUGGAAAUGAACUAGUUUCGAUUAAAUAAUUAGUUAUAACAAGCAUAUAAGUAUGACGAAUUGUCGUUUUACACUAAAGAGUGAGUUCAAUUAAACAAUUAUUUAAAAUUAAAAAAAAACACUGGCAACGCUGGGACUGGUUGGAAAAAGAGGAGAGGUGAUCAGUGUAUGACAUGGUGUCGUGGUGUGAAAGAAAGCUGUACAGGACCAGCCCCUAAUGUUCCUCUACAACUCCCUGGCUGGGGUCCUAGAGAUGAUGCAACACAGUGGCUAGAGACGUUACCAGAUAUGGCUCAGAAUAGAAGUCAGUGGCGAUCCUGCUGUAACCUUCCUUUACUUUCCUCAUAAAAAGUGGUUGUAACUUCCUCAACUGAAAGAAUUCUUCUGGUUGUACCUUUCCGUUCCCCCAAUUAUUAUUACUAUCGUUAUUUCACUAUCAUACACUAAUUUGUGGUCGUUAUUGUUCGCUCUUUUUUUUCUCAUACGCACCUUACCUUAUUUUUUUCCCUUCUCAUUCUCAUUGUUUUGUGUAGCCCAUAUAUAUCUGGUGCUCCCUUGAAUCAAUAUUUAUGUGUUUAAAUAAAAUAAAAUAAUGAAGAAACACUGAAAGUUUGUUGUGUCUUAGUAUAUGAUUUCUCAACAAGAAUAAACAUUCAUGACCUCAUUUAGGAUGAAAUCUAAGAUUUUAUGACUUUCUAGUGAUUGAUUAACAAAUUCCAACACUUUAUACUAAUAAACAAUCACAAAUGGAUACCACCACCUAAUGAACAAUUAAAAACAAAGAUAAACAAUAAUGAAGAGCUAUUUCGGUUUUGGUUUAUGAUCUUUUAGCAGUGCAAUUAACCAAAGCUAGAAUGCUACAUAGUGAUCCACUGAUAACUUUGGAUAGUACUACUUAUACCAUGCAACCAUAGUUCCAACUCUUCUAGGUGAAUUCUCCGUAUUCACUAAUUUGGUUAAAGCGCCAGAUAUCCGCUUUUCUUCAUGUCAAUUCCGUAAAAAAUACCCUCGCCCCGAGAAGGCAGUGAGUAGGAUUUCCCUGACAGCGGCUAUAUACACGUGACCAUGUGAGAGCAUUUAAAGAAGGAAAGUGUAAUAUUCCCACCAUCGGCCGAACCUAGUUAUUUAGGAGCUUUUACUUUGUCAUUAUUCUUGUUAAUUUUGCCUGUCUAUAUUGAUAUGAUGUUGUAACUUGGACUAAUAUAUAGUUUGUGCAAAAUCCUACACGUUGACUAUGAAUGAUUGUAAAAAAACUUUUAGUCACAUCACCUAAUCACUUUCACUGUUGCUUGCAACUAUCACACAGAUAUCAGUUAUAUAGUCUGGUAUACUGAAGACGAUUUAUUCUAAGCAUCAGUGUACAAGUAAGACAGAUCUAUGCCAUGUUACAUUCAAUGUGCCCCCAAAUGCCUUGGUACGGCCGAGAAUGAGGAGAGUCAGCUCUCCCUCUCCAAAUGCUCUCACAUGGUCACGUGUAUAUAGCCUCUGUCAGGGAAGUCCUACUCAAUACCUUCUCAUGGCGGGGGUGUUGUUUAAGAAAUUGAGAGGACGAAAAGCGAAUGUUCGGCGCUCUAACCGGGUUGGUGGACAUGGAGAGUCCACACAGGGGAGUUGAAAAACCCUCAUUCCAAACCAAUGGUGCACAUGGGCUCCAGCACCCUGAGGGAACAAAUGGCAUAUGAACCAAUCGUUGGUCACCGGCUACCAUGGGACUGCAUCUCCUUACGAUGCUCCACUGCCUUGUGGAUUAAACCUUCAGGUUGAAGGCUCGGGGUGUGGCCCCUUAAGAAAACCACCUGUUUCGGUUUGGGCACCCGGGCAGUAUCAUAGCCCUCACACAUAUCAAAUGAGAUCUGUGUGGCGCAUAUGUAUCCGAUGCCCCCUUGUACCUGUAUUUGUGUGUUCAAAUAAACAAAUAAAAAAUAAACAUUCAAUGUAAAUCAAAGAAUUAUACAGAAAAUUAAUACAAUUUUCAUAAAAAAUCAC